UUUUUUAAAAUUUUGUAGAACGAAAAAAAGGAAAAGAAGAGAGACUGUUUUAACUGCAGGCCUAAAAGCAGAGCCCUGUUGCCGCGUAGCACUAGGAAGUCAGUCAUCGUCUUCAGUCUUCACCAAAUUGAGUUAGAAGAAUUAGGGUUUUAGAGCUGCAAAGAUCCAAACUUUAUCAGUCUCUCCGAAAGUAAUUAGAGAAAUGGAAACCCAAUCAAGGGAUGGAGACUCUCUGGAGAAGCGGCCCGGCAUCUUCUUCCUCGGCUCCCCCGGCGUCGUCAAACGCUCUCUCAUUUCCCAGUCCCUCCCAAUGUAUGAGCAGUUGGCUGCCUUGAUCUUGGUUUUCGACACAACUGAGUUGUCGUCUCUGUCUGCGCUUCAGGAAUGGGUAUCUCAAACUGAUCUUCAAAAGUUCGAUAUACUAGUAUGCGUAGGGAAUAAGGUUGAUCGUGUUCCGGGUCACCCGGUUCGUGCCGAAUAUAGAAGACGACUGCAGAAGCUUGGAGACCCGUUUGCUGAUGCCGGUCCAGGGUUCACUGCGUAUGGAAUCUCCGAGACUGAAGGAAGCAGUUUAUUGGGGGAUGACGAGCCAUUUUGGGGGGCUAGCCACACAUGUUUGGAAUGGUGCACUGAGCAUAACAUUGAGUUCGUUGAAGCUUGCGCUUCAAAUACUGAUUUUGACAAAUGUAAGGUUUGUCAGUUGAUGGCGACUCGCAAGGUAUUGAAUGACUUUUUGGUGCUCUUUCCGCACAUAUGUGGCCUGAAAUGAUUCUGAAAUCAGGCGAUAAGAUUGCUGAACCGUCAUUACCUGAAAGAGGAGUAGGUUUUAUACUAUGCCGCUUAUAUUUGGUUUAUAAUAUAUAUUUUACUAUUAAGUAGGAUUCUAAAUGUCUGAAACUUGAAUCCUUUGUGCUAGACUUGUCAGAUGAAGAAUCUGAUUAUGAAUUUGAGUAUGAAGUCCUCUCUGCAGGUUCAGCUGAUCCAUUUGAUGACACGGAAGAAUGGGUUUCUGCGAAUGGUUUUGCUGGACCUUCAGAUAUGCGAGGACUGGCUGCUCAAGGUAAUCUAGUCCUAGAAUGCAAACAAGAGAAUGGAACCAGUUCUAAUAAGGAGGUUCCCCGUGCCUUGAACUCGACAGCUGCGUUGGAUGAUAGUAUUAGCAAAGGAGUAUCCAGUGCAGAAGAACCUGAACAGGACACAGAACAUGACCAAGCCCCAGAACCGGAUGAGGGUACGAAUUUUGAAUUUGAAGAUUUGGAACAGUCGAUGUCUGAGAUUGGGAACCUGCGCAACAGUUCGAGAUUGCUGCCGGAUUUUCAGAGAAGAGAUAUGGCUGAUAUGGCUGCAAUGCUGGCCAUGAAAAUGGCUACCAUGUUUGGGGUUGGCAGUGAUGGUGAAGUGGAAAGUAUCGGCGAGUAAAGGCUAUGAGUAUCU